GUGUGUGGUAACCACUAAUGGUCACCUGAUUUCUUCUUCAAUCGGAUAUAUAAACCUGCAGUCUUAGUUAAUUCCACACGUUGAGAGCAGCCUGCAAAGAAGACCAUAAUUAAUUUACUUCUGCAGCAUUAAAUACGAAUUUAAAAUUAAGAUGUCGAAGUUAUCUCUUGGCAUUUGCCUUUUGACAUUCGUUGUCGCAAUCAGCUCGGUGCCGACUGGACCAUGGUCAAAACCUCCAUGGGAAUGGGAGUGCAGACCUCCAGGUUUCAUCUGCUCGGGACCUGACCAGUGCUGUGAGCCAUUCAUUUGCAACCCUUGGGCCGGACGUUGUACGAAAGUUAAGACAACAACAACUUCUACAACAACUGAAAGUUCUACCGGAGGUGGUGGAUCAGGAGAUGGCGGAUCAGGAUCUGGAUCAGAAUCUGGAUCAGGAGAAUCUGGAUCAGGAGGUUCUGGAUCAGGAGAAUCUGGAUCAGGAAGUUCUGGAUCAGGAGAAUCUGAAUCUGGAGGAUCUGGAUCUAGUUCCAACGAAAGUUCAGCCGAAGGUUCUAACGAAAGCCCGAAUUCCAGUGAAGGUCCCAAUUCCAGUGAAGGUCCCAAUUCAAGUGAAGGUCCAAAUUCCAGCGGAGAGGAAAAUUCAAGCGAAGGAACAGGCACCACUGCAAGCCCAGGAAAUCCAGAACAACCUGAAACACCAGAAGAAUCUGAAACCCCAGAACAACCUGAGACUCCAGAAGUACCUGAUACCCCAGAACAACCUGAAACCCCAGAAGAGCCUGAGACUCCAGAAGAACCCGAAACUCCAGAAGAACCUGAGACUCCAGAAGAACCCGAAACUCCAGAAGAACCUGAGACUCCAGAAGAACCUGAAACUCCAGAAGAACCCGAAACUCCAGAAGAACCCGAAACUCCAGAAGAACCUGAAACUUCAGAAGAUCCUGAAACUCCAGAAGAACCUGAAACUCCAGAAGAACCUGAAACUCCAGAGGAACCUCAAGCUCCAGAAGAACCCAGUGAAGGAUCUGAAAAUCCAGAGAACUUAAUUGUCUAAAUUCUGCAUUUAAUUUCAAUUGAAGACGAAGAUGAAAACUAGGAACAAGUAUUACAAAUUAUAAUGUUUAAAUUAUUAAAGGCUGAACAAUGAGGCCUUUGUCAAGUACUUUCUUAAAUUUUAAAUUUAUUUAAUCUUUUCCGCAGCACUACUAGUAAUUUAGCUUAAAAAUUUUUUUCCAAUAUAAUCAAUCAAUAAUUAAAUUUGGUGAUAAUAUUUGGCCUGGUUGUUUUAUAUUUCGAAUUUAGAGGAUAUAAUCUUCUCAUAAUUUAGAAAUACCGAUUAUUUAAAAUGUAGGAAGGUCUAUUUUUUGGAAUCUCAGGAUCCUACUUCACAAAAUUUAGUGUCGAAUUGACGACAAAAAUGUAAAUUAGAACAAAAAUUGCAAUAAAAAUAUUCUCGCAUUAACUAAUUA